CCGGACAUAUCGUGAUGGGCGACUUGUCAGCACAUGUCGAGAGUCAAGUCAAGAGGCCAGGCCAGGCCAGGCUAGGCUAGGCUAAGCCAGGGUCUGUUGGGGCGGCGAACAUAUCAGCGUCAAAUCAGGUCUUCAUUUCCGUGCCCCCCUUCUGAGCUCGCCCGCCUUACAUCCAGGAAAUGUCCCGAGGGAGCCAGUGGCAUGUGCCGAGGGGAGAAGUCCCCGAGAGGGAUGAGGCCUAAGGCAGAUAGAUGUAGGUACCAAAGAAAGCCGGCCUUGUUCCUCCGUGCAAUGAGUCGCGGGCUGCUUCAAAGUCUCUUGCCGUUUUGAUCGUUGAUCAUCCGUCCGCCGGCGCCCCGUAACGGUGCCCGGGAGCGGGAGGGCGCCGCGAGCAAGGCGACGGCAGCGGCGGUGGAGGCGGUUGCUGAUGUAUGUUCGGUAUUCUGCAAAUCAAGAGCAACUAUCAUUAUCUCUGUUGGUUCCUUCGACGCAUGGCCAGCCUCGCUUUGCUUCGCGGCUUUCCCGCCGAUCCGAGACUUGCAAACUCUCCUUGUCUACUAACGUUGCCCGACUGGCAGGCGAGAUGACGAGAGGUGAGCGAGCGCUGCCGAGAUGUAGGCGUGGGAUAUCAGGGGUUGGCGAUGAUUUGGGCCAGCACCGUCAACGAGGCUUCGCCGAUGGUGUAGGACGGCAAUAUGGAUUAUACGGAUCAAAUUGGUGAUGUCCAAUGUCGGAA